AUGGCGCAAGUCAACACCUCAGGAGCGAUUCAGCGUUUGACACGCGAGCUGGCGUGCGCCGAGAAGAAUGAGGAUCUGUCGCUCAAGGUCGCAUACCGCGAUAACGACGUGCGUUCAGUACGAGCCAUGAUCAUAGGCCCUCCGGACACUCCAUACGAAUUUGGCUUCUUCGAGUUCGACAUGAAGUUUCCAAAAGAAUACCCGAUCAAGAACCCACAUGUUGUAUGCAUCACCACCAAUGGUGGUAGAACGCGUUUCAACCCCAACAUCUACGCUGAAGGGAAGGUGUGCCUCUCAAUCCUGGGAACAUGGCGAGGCAACCCCGGCGAAGAGUGGUCUAGUGCACAAGGCUUGGAAAGCGUCUUGCUGAGCAUUCAGAGUCUCAUGUCCCCAAACCCAUUCGAAAACGAGCCUGGCUACGAGACCGCAAAGAAGGAAGAGCCGAACCCGAGCGCCUACAUCGCAAAGAUCAGACACGAAACAUUGCGCAUAUCCGUCAUGCAGCGAAUGGAGAGCAUACUUCAGAUAAAGCCCGAGAGAUCCGAGCCUGUCGCAAAAAAGUUGAAAAGCAGGGCCAGUGCUGCGGUGCCCGAGCCACCACAAUCACCACCCGACAGCAACAGCGACGCGGCUUCCGGCAGCUCAGCAUACGAGUACAAUGCCGAAGCCACCUUCAAUGCUCUUGACCUGGUACAAUGGGAUCCAUUCGCGGACCUUGUCAAACGACGCUUCCUCUGGUACUACGACUCGUACGUCCGCUCUAUCAACAAAUUCAGCAACGACCAGAAGGAUGGUGCUGCCUUCAAACGAGCGGAAUUCGAGUUCCCUCCAAACAGUAUGGAGGGUAACUUCGACUACAGAGGUCUGAGAUCACGACUUGGGGCCAUCAUGGACAAGCUCAAUGAGGAGAAACGCCUGUGGGAACAGCAGGGCUUACAACAAGUCGCUCAGUCCAGCCAAAUGGCGACACAGCUUGCUUUUCAGUUCAAGCAGCUGCAGUACAGCUGGAACGAAGGUCAGUACAGCGGGCCGCGCUUGGAAGUCAACCUGCCCGACCCCAACAAUCCUUUUGUGUGGCAGCUUACUCUCUUCGGCGAGCCGAUGAGCAAUCUGGAUGGCGGUAUCUUCAACAUGAAACUGCACAUCCCGCCGAAAUUCCCCAGUGCGCAACCUCGCGUCACAGUUGAGACACCCAUAUUCCAUCACCGCGUGAGCAGCAACGGCAAUCUUUGCUACUUUCCGGUCAAGGAAGACGAGAUUAACUCCCACCUUCAAGCUAUUAUCGACUCGAUCGUCGACGAUGACGACAAAGUCAAGUACGAUCCGCGCUGCGCAGUCAAUCCCGAAUCCUUCGAGCUGCGGUUUGGAGGUACCGACAAGCGAAAGAUCUACAACAGGAAACUGCGAAGAAGCGCCCAAGAGUCCAGUGAGUUCUUGUGA